AUGUUUUCCUCAAAUCCUCUUGGGUACCUUCCCAAUUCUUUCUAUGACCAUGAAAAAGAUGAUUUUCACUUUAACUACCACCAGAGAAACCACGGUGACCCAUUUAUCUCCGGUGAAUGUUUUUUUCAUGCCAGCAACAGUACUGCUCUCCCUCCUCCGAUCAUGGAGAAUGCCACUACAAUCAAACAAGAUUUUGUUGGGCAGCAGCAGCAGCAACAGUUUUCUGAAAGAUCAGGGUUGCAGAAUUGUGAUUAUCGUGAUGAUCUUUUAGAUCCGGUAAUUUCUCGCCACAAGAAGAAAAUUGGGACCUUCAAGAAACAUGGGCAUAGUAAGAUCUGCACAGCUCGAGGCCCUAGGGAUCGGCGAGUGAGGUUCUCCAUUGAGGUUGCUCAAAAGUUUUUCUGUCUUCAAGACUUGCUAGGGUUUGACAAAGCAAGCAAAACCCUUGAUUGGCUACUUACCAACUCCAUGCCCGCAAUUAAGGAGCUGAUUGAAGAAACGGGCGACUGCUCAUCUUCCACAGUUAACCAUCCAUAUAAACUGAAAUUUCUUGAAGCCAUUAAUGGAGGAUCAGAUGAUCUGAGUGACGGCAAAAAGAAAAACUCAGUACUACCCAAGCGUGUUGCUGGCAAAAAGAAGAAAACUAGGCGAAAAUGCAAAACUGGAUUUCAAGUGAAUGUUACAAGAGACCAGUCAAGGGCAGAGGCAAGAGCAAGAGCUAGAGAAAGGACAAGAGAAAAAAUGCGAGUUAAGAAGCUUGGUGAUGAUUUGAAGACCUUAGCUCCUGAUGGUUGUGAGUACUAUGAAGUAAGCCCUUCAAAUCUAAUACUCAAAUCUGACUAUUGGCGUGAAAUUGAACCACAAAUUGAUUAUAAAAACAUAAGGUGGAAAUGCAUAAUGGGUUCAGAAACAUCACAGCAAUCAAAAGAUUCAAGCUUUACCAAUAUCUAG